GGAAUUACGAAGGAGCCACUGUCGAAAAGCAAUGGAUGUCAAGAGAAAAGCGUUUCCUUUGCCAGUAUGAUCCUAGAACGAGGUUGCCGCUGUCACUCUGGUUAUUUGAUAGGCGUGUCACCGUCGUGUGGGAACGACACUUGCACGGCCAGCACAAAAGGACAGCAGGUGAGCGCCACCAGCGUAAAUUUCACCGGCUAAGCUGAGCUAUUUUUUGGCCACUUCGUGCUCUGCACGACCCCUUUCAAUGAUGAUGGCAGCUGCUCUACAGUCAUAGCCGCGCCGGCGACAGUUGAGUGACCCGCCUCAGGAGAUCCCGGGCUGUAGGCCGCGCAAUUUUAGCGAUAGGGCUUCGGAUGUGCACGCAACACUACGAGUACGAUCGACCAACAGCCAUUUUCCAACUGGCCAGUGGCGCUUACGGCUUACGUCAAUAGAGGGACCACAGGGCGAAGACCAGCGAUUUCCCCUACGACUUGAGGUAUUUUUCGCUUAAGAAAGCAUGUCACACAUUUUGGCCGUGUAACGUCCUCAGAGACAUACGACAUCUGUAUACGCAGCUCCUGGAACUGCUUGUGUACUUGACGCUCACAGACGCCCAAGAGCGUGUGAACAAUCGAGUGCUCCGCAUGCGGACGUUGUGCUAACAGGACACUCUGAGAUAUCAGACGUGACUCGUGACAUUUCUGAUGCGUUGUAGGGUUGGUUUAAAAUUUGGUUUUGUCCAGGUGGUCCUCACGGAGGGACGUUUUCUUCCAAAACUUGUACAGCCGACUCAGCCGGCCGAACAUGUUUUGAGGCUCUCGCAUGCAUCGCUGUUCUGACCACGCGCGGAGGACUGCCGACAAAACGGGACUCAAACGACACUAUGCAUUGUCCCUUCCUUCUCUCCAUUAAGGCCAGGAUAAAGCGCAAAUUUCGUCUAUCUUCGUAACUGCGUGUUUCCGCUCUAGAUGUCCCGCGUUUGCCGUCGACGCUGGACGGCAUCUCCAAGUGCUGCUCGCAAGCUGAUGCAUCGCCUCUGUUGCAUGAGACUGAGCUCUGGAUUGUGUAUGAUUUAGCAGACCGUGUUUUUACAAUUUAGACGUUUGGAACCACGGAAUUUAGGGGGCUACUUCUUUCCAGCGUCUUAAUGGCUUGUCCUGCCGCGGCGUCAGAUGCCGCAAAAACGAUGGCAUCCCCACAGGGUGACUAUGGCAGCGGACAUGGAGACCAGGCCACCUCGGGGUUCAUUCGAGAGGGAUUGGUCCGCAUAAUGAGUAGCGGCAACAAUGAAGUAUUCUAUAAUCCUGUCCAGGUGUUCAACCGCGACCUGUCUAUCAUGGUCAUCAAGGCCUUUGCUCAUCAGCAGCGCCAGGAAAUCAAACGCAGAGGAGAGAAGACGGCAGCUCGUACGAAGGAGGAAGGCAAGGAGGCUCCUGCCCCUCUUCGGUUCGAAGGAUUAAACGUUCUGGAGCCACUCGCGGCUACUGGACUGCGGUCUUUGAGGUACCUGACGGAGCUUGAUGAUGAAGUGAGGCAUGUGGUGGCAAACGAUCUGGAUCCCGCUGCUCUUCAAGCAAUGGAACGCAAUGCUGAACUUAACAAGGUCGUCCGCGAAAAACUCCAUCUAACGUGCAGCGAGGGGGCUCACCUGAUGUACGUGUUGGCAAGGCCUGGAAACCUGCAUCCCGGCACCCUUAAGAAGAUCCACUCUCUUCCCGCGGGCAGCUCCAUCCCCUCAACCUUCGAUAUGAACCCUCCGCUCUUCUCAUUCUCUCUCCCCCCUCUAUCGCUUUUUCUCACCCCUCGACAGAGGCCCCGAAACCAGGCCAAUGACAAUACUUCUGCAGCACAUGCGAGCUGCGGCUCUCGCGAAGACUCAACCGCUGUUUCGCAGCAAGGCGUGAGCGGUCCUGACGGCGAGCCCUGCGAAGGCGCGAAGCAGGACGCACAGAGUUCUCAUUCUGCGUCGGAAAAGGCGGGAGUGGGAACAAAACACGUGAAGGGACAACACGCCACCUUGGUGAAUGGAGGUACACAUCCUUCAGAUUUGCCUCUCUUCUUUGAUGUCGUCGACGUCGACCCGUACGGGAGCGUCGCCCCCUUCUUGGAUGCCGCCAUUCAGGCUGUGCGCCCCGGUGGUCUGCUCUGUCUGACCUCAACGGAUAUGCCAGUUCUCUGUGGAAAUUCACCCGAGGUUACCUUCUACAAAUACGGUGGAGCAGCGUUGAAGGCGAGAUACAUGCACGAAAUGGCUCUUAGGCUCGUUUUGUAUGCCGCCUGCUCAUGCGCCGCGAAAUACAAGAAGAUUGUAGUCCCACUUCUCUCAUGCAGCGUGGACUUUUAUGUCCGCAUCUUCGUCCAGGUCUUCGACUCAGCGGAAGGAUGCAAGGACGUCCACAGUCACUCGGCCAUAGUUCACCAGUGCGUAAAUUGCGACUGCUUUCGAGUUCUGCCUCUGGGGUCCGAAGUGCACGGAGGCCAGAAAGACAGUGCCGAGUCUUCUGAAUCAAAUCAAACCAAGAGGGGUGGAGAAAGCCGCGGCUGUGCGUCGACACGAGGUUCGAGGAAACGGAAAGCAGCGCUCUUGCCCGAGGAGGUGAAGGGGCGAUGCGACGAAUGCCAUGGCCGGAUGGUCAUUGGCGGGCCGUUUUACGCAGGACCUCUUUACCAGAGUGCUUUUGUUCAAGCUUGUCUAGACCUAUGCGAGACUGCCAAGGAAAGACUUCCGGGUCUCACAAUGGUGGCGCGAAUCAAAGGACUCCUCACAGCCAUAAAAGAAGAACUGCACCAGGUCCCGUUGUAUUACCACCUGCCCACGAUGUGCAAUCGGGCUAAGCUGGAAAUGAUCAGACCAGUUCAAUUCAAGGCUGCUCUUGUUCGCCUGGGGUACAAGGUGUCUCACUUUCACAGAGAGCCUCAAGCAAUAAAGACGGAUGCUCCAUCGGUCGUGGUCUUUGACAUCCUCCGAACACACGCCCAAAAGCACCCGCCGAAGCACCCGGAGAAAUUCCCUCUUCUUCAGAAGGAGAUCUGCACAAAGGAAGUUGACCUGACACCGAUGGCCUCUGUGACUAGCCAGUCUCCCAACGUCCCCAAGUGGCUUCCCAAUCCGACACCGUACUGGGGCCCGAAGAGUCGUGCAAGUUCGAACAAACGACAAAACGCAUCGACAUGCACUCCUCGUACGCAGAAACGGCCAAGAGAGGACGAAACCUACGAUGCUGAAAAUCCCUUAGUGUGAACAUAGACACGUUAGGUGUAAAAAUCGUUGUAUACAUGGUAAAUCGUUGAGGAUCAAACCGCUGCAUGUAUUCCAUGCCGGAUGCUGGCGCUGCUGGGACGCAGGGAGUCCUUUCAAAUCUCCCAUACAGCGCUGGCCAACCUUGGGGUUUCUCGGAGGUGAUGGAACAAUAUCGGCCAUGAUUUUAUUCACAAACUUUUGUCAACAUCCAAGCUACGUUGACAAAUGCUUGUCUCGCUCGUAUUGAAGAAUGUCAAUCCUUCGGGGGCUUAUGAUAAAGGCGCUGUAAAGGCGAAGUGAUGGGAUGUCAUCAGCCUCAGCCUGCCAGUCCAACAGAAAGAUUAACAUACAAAUGCGUAUGAUUCUUGAGUGCGGCUACGGAUCAUACGCUGCGUUCGUUUCAGUGUGUGUUGCUAUUUCGUGUUUUUGACAAGGUCAUGGCGACCACAUUUUGAAGAACGUCUUUGCUCUGUCUAGCAUUGUUAAUUAGGUAAUGCUUGCUUUUCACCUGCAUGAAUCACGGAAAUGACAGACUUUACGAGGUAGAACGCUACCGGCAUCCGAACCGCAGGACCUUGUUGCUAUCGAGAAGUGAAGCAGCUGUCAGCUUGAGGAAACAUCAUGAUAUGUCGUUGGAAGCUCCCAGCGGAGAGGAGUCAGCUAGAUCUUAUGCACAUGCCAUCAUGCGACGUCUUUAUCCCGUAAGCAGAGCGGAGAAGAAAUGUUACAGCCAGCAUACUCCUGGGAAGAGUUAAACGCAGUGUUGGUUGAUUCAUGGCCGGAAUCGUUGCUUUUCGUGCACUUGGACGUGAUUCAUCCACUUGCAACUGCCCGCCGUUGCCGACAAAUUCUGAGAUGAUCGAAAAUAUUGGUGUCAGCAAAGCGGUCUAGGGUGUAUUAUGCUUCACGUUGUUUUCUGUACUGCUUGAUGAGCUGGGCUGCUCUCCCCCUUGUGAGAUCUGGGUCGAAGUAAACCGCCUGGGAUUCGAUGGCAGCCAUAUUCUCGCCUCUGGGUAUCUUCACGUAGCCAUGAGUUCCCCAGUUGCUGCCCCAAGUGCUGCAACGAUAGUUUUCUGAACUGCGAACGUGCUAAUCAACUUUGUUUUCAAGCUUACUUUCUCACAACCCAGAACUUCUUUGGUUUUCCUGUAGCAUUGUCAGGUCUAAGGGAAGCGGCCAGGAAGCUUUAACUAUGUUGUGAGAUUGACAGACAGCGUUCUUACUCAUCUUCUCCCCAACCCACCACCGCAACUGCAUGGUUUGUGUACUCCCAACCUGAAACGGCCACAUACAGAAUGGGGAGAGAGGUAAUUGUCUUUCAGCAGUUACCGUUGAAGCCUUUCUUGGGGAUAUCGCAGAUUUUGCCGUGUUCAGACGGCUGAGAGUCAAACAAUCCGCUUUGAUACAUGAAGAGUGUGUCUGGCGCAUCAAUCGCAACCACGACUGGCCUGUACUCAAAAGUACUGCAAUGUUCAACGAAACACGAUGCCACGACUACCGGGUUCCCUACCCAUGAUGAUACAUCUCAUUCAUCAUCUUUUCCUCGUUGCACCCUUCGUAGAAACCGCCAACGUAGUUGUAAUCCUUCGCGUACCUAAGAUGACAGUGCUCAGGGUACUGACAACUAGCUUAUCUAUCUGUGGAACGCACCAGCGAUCAUCUGGUCCGCAUCCUGGGGCAGAGUGUUCUGGUGUUCUGUUCACUGAGCCGAUACUGGAAGGCGCAACGUAGCAAAUUUUUGCAUCUUAGUAUACGUAUAGCUUUCCCACUUCAUCUGACAAGAAGCAACUUGGGGAUCGUGGCUGGCAGAAUAUCUCUGCAACCGAAUUAAUCUUGUGUUGAAUGUAAUGGAACAUCUUGCAAGCACUAACCUGGCAUUGUUCCGUACCAAAGCCAAAUUCCUUGGCAUGCUUUCCCACCAGGAACGGAUAUCCACCGUCGCACCCUUGAUUGUAAGGCUGCAAAUAUUUUUGCUCUCUCAACCUGCACUCGCGCUGUUUUUCUGGGUGGCUUACAGAGCAGCUCAAAAUGGACUGGGCAGACAGAGGCGAUUCGAAAACAGUCGUAUUUUCUCCCGGAAACAGCUUGCUGAACAUAAUUUCGAAUCGCUUCUGCAAGAUAUACGCAGACGAGACAGCGUAGCAGCUCCCGCAAGCCCCUGUGUCGUGAGGGCCGUCUGUCAAAGUAACCAAACGAGAAAUAGCCACUCGCCAUACCCUGAUUGACCACGGGAUCUGUUUCCGGCUUCCAUGACUUGGAAAGAAAUGGGUCUCCCCAUGUCCUAGACAGAAAUUUCCAGGGCUCAGUGCACUGGCGGAGAGAAACUGCUAGCUGACCAUUGUUUGGGUGGUUUGCUGCGCCGUUCUAAAACGGUCUCGGCUGCGUUGCAUAUGGUACGUUGCUGUUUACCUUCAAGGGAAGAUUAUCAUUUGAUACACAAGUGAAUUCGUUACGGCUGAGACGUUCCAUGCCAGAAAAAAGACGUACUUCCAGUUCGAUCUUUCUGUAGAAAAGUUGGCAGAGCAUAUUCUACAAGCGGGUGAUACUUCCGAAAACCCAGCUGUCCCUUGUACAGGGAAAGAUCCCGAGGCGAGGCAUUGGCAAACUGGCGGUGGACCGUAGGUGUCCAGGUCUUCGGUCUGAAUGCCACCAUGGCUACCGUUCUACCGUUUUCAAGAAACUUUGGAACUUACGGUGAUAUGCCGUCGGUGAGUGACGACAACGAAGGCAUGGUGGGCAGCUGAUAGGCUGUGUUUUCAAGAACAACAGCUGGAAUGCUCUCUUCCCUUUCUUCCUUCCUUGUUUUCUCUCCAUAGAAACACCCCCAAGUGUGUUUCAGUUGAUGCUGAUCUUUCGACUCCUGAAACAAGCGGAAAAAAAAAGACUUUUCAGAUUUGCCAGAGAACGGCUGUUAAGCGUAACUCUUACCUCAACUGUCCAUCCCAUAUGUAUCUUGCUAGGGUCCGUUACGUAACACCUUGUUUCCCCGAAAGAAUCCUCAUUGUCUCCUACGGAAGCUCGUAAC